CAAAGUAAGGGACCCCCGCCGAUGGUAAUGGAGCGAUUUCAAAGCGUGGCUACCCAGCUCAUGAAUCAGCGAAUCAUACGUCUUGGAGGAGCAGUUGAUGAUGACAGUUGUAACCUCAUAGUCGCUCAACUGCUUUGGUUGGAUGCGGCAGAUCCUAAUCAGGACAUCACUAUCUAUGUGAACUCUCCCGGUGGAUCUGUUACUGCUGGAAUGGCGGUCUUUGAUACUAUGAGACAUGUUCGUCCGAACGUCUCCACUGUGUGUGUAGGACUUGCAGCAUCCAUGGGCAAGUUCACAUAUGAAAUCCACCUCAGACCCCCAUAUUUAUUUUCAUACAGUCUUCCAAAUAGUCGCAUCAUGAUUCACCAGCCUUUGGGCGGAGCGCAAGGACAAGCUGCAGAUAUUGAAAUCCAGGCAAACGAAAUAAUGCAUCAUAAGUCCACCCUCAAUGGAUAUCUUGCCGAGUUCACCGGUAAACCCCUUGAAAUGGUGAUGGAAGAUACAGAUCGAGAUUUUUUCAUGUCCGCUACGGAGGCCAAAGAGUACGGUCUCAUUGAUACAGUCAUAGAGCACCCAACUGAUGUUGCCGUGAGAUCGUCUGGAAUACCGUUGUAUGCUGGGGAGCUAUAG